CACCGCUGUGCCUCAGUCUCAGUAUCCGAGAAUAGGCCUAUAUAGACCAUACGAUCAAACAAAUCAUAGCGACUCUGCAAUAUUCUUUUUAAGACAGUCUACGACAAAUCGCCAUAAGUUCAAUGAAGACGGAGAGUGUGGUGCAAAACAUUCCGUUCGUCGGCAGAAAGCGAAGUCUGAUCGAAGAUGCCCGGAAAGAGCGCGCCAGCGGUUCAUCGUCCCCUGGCCCAUCGCGGUGCGGUGAAAACUUUGUGUUUGAGGAAAAGGAAGGAACCGUGACACUGAACAUUCUUUUCGCACUCAGCCAUGAGAAGAAUGCAGGGUUCUUUAAAACUGGCAAAGUCUUUGAGACGUUUGAAGCAAAGCUUCUGCAUAUUGAGAGCCGACCAGGGAGGAAGUCUAAGAACAGUGGCUGUGAUGAUCUGGAGUUCUUUAUGAGGUGUGAAGUGCACAGCUCCGACACAAACAUCUUCAUCAACUCACUCAAGAGAGUCGCCGACGAUGUACGCACCAUCCCAGAGGAAAAAGUUCCCUGGUUCCCCAGAAAGAUCAGAGAUCUGGAUAAAUGCAACCUGUUGAUAACGAAAUAUGAUCCAGAUAUGGACCAAGAUCAUCCAGGAUUCAGUGAUCCAGAAUACAGAAAAAGAAGGUGCUUCAUCGCUGAACUUGCAGCGAAUUACAAACAGGGGGAACCAUUACCCAGAGUGGAGUACACACCAGAGGAGGUGGCCACAUGGAGAGAGGUAUACCGGACCCUGAGGACCAUCUACCCUGACCUGGCGUGCAGACAGUUCAUGGAUGGGCUGCAGCAGCUGGAGAGGGAGUGUGGCUACGGAGAGGACAGUAUCCCCCAGCUCCGGGAGGUCUCUGCCUUCCUCAAAGAGAAGUCAGGCUUCCAGCUGCGUCCGGUGGCAGGGCUACUCUCCGCCAGAGACUUCCUAGCUAGCCUGGCCUUCAGACUGUUCCAGUGUACCCAGUACAUCCGCCACGCCUCCGCACCCAUGCACUCCCCCGAGCCAGAUUGUUGUCACGAGUUACUCGGCCAUAUUCCUAUGCUUGCAGACAAAGAAUUUGCCCAGUUUUCCCAGGAAAUCGGCCUAGCCUCACUGGGCGCAUCAGACGAGGAUAUUGAGAGACUCUCAACCCUGUACUGGUUCACGGUGGAGUUUGGACUUUGUAAGCAGAAUGGAACUGUAAAGGCAUACGGUGCCGGCCUCCUGUCCUCCUAUGGAGAACUCAUUUAUGCUCUCUCUAACGAACCUGAGUACAAGCCAUUCAACCCUGAGGAGACUGCAAUCCAGCCUUACCAGGACCAGACUUUCCAACCUGUCUACUUUGUCUCAGAAAGCUUUGAGGAUGCCAAGAUUAAGAUGAGGUACAUCAAUGCCUACAAGUGGUGUAUGUCUAUAUGUGAGCACUUCAGUAAAUGUGUAAGAUGUGGUGUAUACCGUUUGAGUUGAUCUUGUCGCUCCUGGAUGCAGUGCAGCACUGGUUUUGGAGAGGAGACAGUGGGAACCUCAGGGGAUCUGAGUGAGGACACAGAAGUAAAUCAGACUGAAGGCAGCUGUUUAGGAGUUAGGGGUUAGAGGUUGCAAACCUGUACUCAUAAUUAGCAUAAUAUGUUUUGUAAUAUAUUAAUGUCAU